AAGUGGAGGUCGUCGUGGUUCCAAGAGCCGCGCGAGGAGCUGCUGCUGCUGUGGUGGUGGUGGUGGCGGCGGCGGCGGCGGUGAGGUGGUGGCGGCGCUGCCGGCCACAGGCCGCCCGGCCUCUCGGCUCGCCUCCCAACCUCGCCUGAGCCCGCCGGAGCCCACGCCGGCCAACACCUGCCCUAUGAGUGUGUCACUGGUUGUCAUCCGACUGGAGCUCGCGGAACGCUCGCCGGUCCCCGCCGGCUUCGGCUUCAGCGCCGACGCUGGGGAAAUGUCUGAUGAGACAAUCAAAAAGAAGACACUAGCUUCAGCUGUAGCCUGUUUAGAAGGGAAGUCACCAGGAGAGAAAGCAGCAAUCAUACAUCAACAUCUUGGCCGUCGAGAAAUGACAGACGUGAUCAUUGAGACCAUGAAGUCCAACCCAGAUAAACUAAAAGCUACAAUGGAAGAAGAAAAGUCUUCAGAAGCAUCCCCCACUGCACAGAAGAGUAGAGAUCAAAGUAAAGAAGGUGCAAAUGCUAGUCCUGAUUCUCCAUCCAAACAACUUCCAGACCAGAUUUCAUUCUUCAGUGGAAAUCCGUCAGUUGAAAUAGUUCAUGGUAUUAUGCAUCUGUACAAGACAAAUAAGAUGACCUCCUUAAAAGAAGAUGUGAGGCGCAGUGCCAUGCUGUGUAUUCUCACAGUCCCUGCUACAAUGACCAGUCAUGACCUUAUGAAGUUUGUCGCCCCAUUUAAUGAAGUAAUUGAACAAAUGAAAAUCAUCAGAGACUCUACUCCAAAUCAAUAUAUGGUGCUGAUAAAGUUUAGUGCACAGGCUGAUGCAGACAGUUUUUAUAUGGCAUGCAAUGGCCGCCAGUUUAACUCAAUAGAAGACGAUGUUUGCCAGCUCGUCUAUGUGGAAAGGGCUGAAGUGCUGAAAUCUGAAGAUGGUGCCAGCCUUCCCGUGAUGGACCUAACUGAGCUCCCCAAGUGCACGGUGUGUCUGGAGCGCAUGGAUGAGUCGGUGAAUGGCAUCCUCACCACGCUAUGUAACCACAGCUUCCACAGCCAGUGUCUGCAGCGCUGGGACGAUACCACGUGUCCCGUUUGCCGAUACUGUCAAACGCCAGAACCAGUAGAAGAAAAUAAAUGUUUUGAGUGUGGUGUUCAGGAAAACCUUUGGAUUUGUUUAAUAUGUGGCCACAUAGGAUGUGGACGGUAUGUAAGUCGACAUGCUUAUAAGCACUUUGAGGAGACCCAGCACACAUAUGCCAUGCAGCUCACCAACCAUCGAGUCUGGGACUAUGCUGGAGAUAAUUAUGUACAUCGACUGGUUGCAAGUAAAACAGAUGGAAAAAUAGUACAGUAUGAAUGUGAGGGGGAUACUUGCCAGGAAGAGAAAAUAGAUGCCUUACAGUUAGAGUAUUCAUAUUUACUAACAAGCCAGCUGGAAUCUCAACGGAUCUACUGGGAGAACAAGAUAGUUCGGAUAGAGAAAGACACAGCAGAGGAAAUUAACAACAUGAAGACCAAAUUUAAAGAAACAAUUGAGAAAUGUGAUAAUUUGGAGCACAGACUAAAUGAUCUCCUAAAAGAAAAGCAGUCUGUGGAAAGAAAGUGCACUCAGCUAAACACGAAAGUGGCCAAACUUACCACAGAGCUCAAAGAGGAGCAGGAAAUGAACAAAUGCUUGCGAGCCAACCAAGUCCUCCUGCAGAAUAAGCUGAAGGAGGAGGAGAGGGUGUUGAAGGAGACCUGUGACCAAAAAGAUAUGCAGAUCACCGAGAUCCAGGAGCAGCUGCGUGAUGUCAUGUUCUACCUGGAAACGCAGCAGAAGAUUAACCACCUGCCUGCUGAGACCCGGCAGGAAAUCCAGGAGGGACAGAUCAACAUUGCCAUGGCAUCCGCAGCGAGCCCUGCCUCUUCCGGAGGCAGCGGGAAGCUGCCUUCCAGAAAGGGCCGCAGCAAGAGGGGCAAGUGACCUUCAGAGAAACAUGUCCCUGAGACUGUUGUCCCUGGCACCGAGGCAGAGUGCUGGGACCUACCGCUAAAUGUGAGAGCACCCUCUAAAUAAGUACAUCAAGUGAGGAUCGAGUCACAGUUGUUUGGAUCUUUUAUUUCCUAGUGUGUCGUUUAAUGAAUGUAGAGGCUUGAUGACUAGGAGAGCUGAUGGAAAUGGGCAGUGGCUGCUUUUUCAACCAUAAUAGUUCACUAACCUCAGACAUUCUAAUGACCAUUUUGCCUUCCGACUUAGAUUCCCCAACUCUGUUGUGCAUUUUUCUGUGUAUUUAUUGAAUUGGUAUAUUUGACCCUCGGUUCUGGGGUUGGUUCAAGACGUUAACUUUUUUUCUUUGUUACCUCAAAGGUAAUGUUACCUAGCAUGAGACCAUCAAACCUCUGAGGUCAUAGCAGCUGCUUUAAAGAGAGGGUCCCAUUGGCUACUGAGGAUUUAUGAAAACUCCCUAGCAUUAGUCUCAUGUAAUUGUCAUCCACCCCUUCCUCUGGGGAAUCAAAGAAUUUGUUUCAAUGUUAUAUGAAAAGAGGCUGGGCCUGUAAACAAGGCACUGGCUUGUCACCAGCAGCCAUCUCUUCCUGCUCCAGGGCUAGCCAGGAAAAACACACAACCCAAGGCAGGAUUAGGAGACCAAGUGUAGGAAAAAUGGUGGCAUCACCACUUUACUUUUGGUGAUUCCACACCUUAUUGUGAACCUCAAAUAAGAAGGCGGCUUAAUGGUUGCCUCAAGACUCAGUUCUCAAGAGUGGAUUACCUACCAUCUAGCAGGAAUAAGGGGGCAGAUUUAUCAUCCACGUGAAAAUGUAGAGUGAGGCCUCUGACUAGCCGAUCGUGUAGUUUGCUGGGAUCAGUAUUUUUUGAAUGUUUACAAAAGAUUGGGCUGCAUUUUCAGGGUGUGGCUAGAGGGAGCUUGGGCAGAUUUUCAGUUAUGCUUUCAAGAUAUACCAAAGGGUGUUUCUAAAUCUGAAAAUCAGAAUUUAAACAGAGCCCCUUUAAAAUUUUCAUGUAAUGCUUGUUGUGGCCCAAUAGAGGGGCUCUGUACCAUAAACAUCAAGUAAUUUGUAAUAAACAGUAAUUGAACAAAAUUAAAGUAAGACCUGGGUUAGAAUUUUGCUUCAAGAAGAUGUGACAAGAUGCACUGUUAAAUGAUGGAUUUUUUUCCUUCCUCAUAAUUAGCCAAAGUUUUCAAAUUAUCAUAUUUUGGAAUUGUUUUUUGGUCUGAAAUGAGGCCUCAUCCCCUUUGACCUGAAUGUCUUAACAGGUCAACUGUAUCAUUAAUCACCAACCAUUUUUGUGGGAUGUGCUGCAGCAUUUCCUGAAUACCCUUACUUGUAACUUUGCAAAAUGAAUGUACUCACACAUUCUCAGUUUUUACUUAGGGCAGGCCAACUCUGUAAGUUCCCCUUGGACUUAGAUACAGAUACCUUAAAGCAAGAGUGGAAAUGUAAAUCAUAACCUAAUUCUCUUUCCUAUAGAGAUUCUAUUUUAUUUAAAAUCUAUUUUUACACUAGUUAGAAUCCUGCUUUUUUGGCCGAGUACUUGUCUUGCAUGUCUGACCUUGCAGAAGCUGGGGUGGAUUGUAGCAUACUAAUUAAGAGAAUUAGAAGUGGUUUACAAAGCUUAGCUGGCUCCUCCGUUCUCUAUGAUCGCCUCCAUCAAGCAGCCAUGGCACCAGCUGGGAGAGCGGCGGUUUUUAGCCCAGGUGGGAUAAAUGCUUUGAAAGGCUGUGCUCAGAGGAAUGAGCAAAUAGGCAAAUGUUUCCAAUUUACAUGAAGGUUAAAAAAAAAAAUCCAGAAAAAAAAAAUCUUAUCAAGAUAUGUAAAGAAUAUGUUUUUUUUAAAUCAAAGAGUCAUGUGUUUUGAAUUUGAGAAAAUUACGUAAACUAGGAGCUGUUAGUGUUUUGUUCUGGAUGGAAAUGAACCACUCAACAUAUCCAUACUACGUUGAACGAUGAAACUGCAUUAAAAUAACCAAACUUUGAAAUUA